AAGGGCUCUCUUUCCCCACUGACAGUGGAGAUGGCCAGUUUUUUGAGCUCCUCUCUGCCCAGCUGCCUCCCCUCCCUCCUUCUCCUCCUCCAGCUGUCUUCCAGCUCUGCAGGACAGUUCAGAGUAAUGGGACCAGGGCAGCCCAUCCGGGUGCUGGUGGGGGAUGAAGCGGAAUUGCCCUGUCGCAUAUCUCCAGGAAAGAACGCUACAGGCAUGGAGGUGGGAUGGUACCGACCCCCCUUCUCCAGGGUGGUUCAUCUCUACCGAAAUGGCAAAGACCAAGAUGAAGAGCAGGCGCCUGAAUACCGGGGCCGCACGGAGCUGCUGAAAGAGACUAUUGGGGAGGGAAAGGUGACCCUCAGGAUCCGGAACGUAAGGUUCUCAGAUGAAGGAGGUUUCACCUGCUUCUUCCGAGAUCAUUCUUACCAAGAGGAGGCAGCAAUGGAAUUGAAAGUGGAAGAUCCCUUCUACUGGGUCAGCCCUGGAGUGCUGGUUCUCAUCGCGGUUCUGCCUGGGCUCCUCCUGCAGGUCACUGUGGGCCUUGUCUUCCUCUGCCUGCAGCGCAGACUCAGAGGAAAAAUUCCAGCGGAGAUAGAAAAUCUCCACCGGACUUUUGAUCCCCACUUCCUGAGGGUGCCCUGCUGGAAGAUAACCCUGUUUGUAAUCGUGCCAUUUCUCGGACCCCUGGUGGCCUUGAUCAUCUGCUACAACUGGCUACACCGAAGACUAGCAGGGCAAUUUCUUGAAGAGCUAAGUAAGUUGUCUUUUUCUUAUAAGCUGAGAGCAAAAAAAAAACCAACCACAAGGAAAGCAGCAAGGGGAAGAGGGGGCUAA